AUGAGCGCAGACACGAAGCAAGAAAGAGAAGUUUCUAUCAAAGCCGUACUCAGAAGCGAAUGUGACAAUUAUCUUUAUGAGUAUCUUAAUUUGAGAGUGGAACAAGCUUCCUUCACGAAAGAAAUUCAAGCAGAACAUAGUAGCUACUAUGUUUUAUUACAUAGACUUGAAAAUGAUCGCGAACUCGAGUUCAACGCAAAAAGCGCUUUGGACGCGUUUGAGACGGAAAAAAAAUCUUCAAAAGUGACUAAUUUUUGGAAGGAAGUUAAAAGAUUAGAAGAGGAAGAAAACGCAGUUCGUUCUGCCUCAUUAGGGCACCUCAACAUAUUUGGAAAAUCGCUUUCUCAAUAUGCAAAUGUACGGGAAACAACAAUUUUAUCAACUAAUUGUUGUAAGCUAGGAGAGCAACGAGAAUUACAGGAGUCAUCGCACGCAGAAUUUGAUAUAAUACGAACUGAAAAUCAUAACAUCUCAAUUGCUUCUUCGUCGCAAAAACCGGAAAAUCAGAACUAUUAUAAAGAGCAGAAAAAAUCUGACUAUAAUAAACUGUUAGUCGAUAAUAAUGAUACUAUAACAAAUGGCACAGAUAAUUAUUUGCAAAAGGCGGUGGAGUCUAUGAUUGGAAAAGUGGAAAGUGACGUGUUGAAAGUGGAUGAUGUCGAUCUGGAAGUAAUUUUCGAAAAAUACCGUGGUGAAUGUGACAAUGAAUUUGAUGAUAUUAUGGACAUGAGACCCACUUCACUAUUGACAAAGAUUAUUCCCGAAGUGACGUGGGAGAAAUUCAUCAGGGAUACAUAUCCUGACUAUGGACUACCAGAAAAAUGGGAAGAAUCAAUACUAAGUUUUUUCAAGCCAAAAGGUACUUUAGACGAAUGGGAGAAAGCCUGGCGCGGACUCUUUGAUGAAAAAGAAAGUAGCAGAGAUCUAUGGUGUAAUGUCGUUAUUGUAUUUAUCCUUUUUAGCAUUGAAACUUUUAAAGCACCAUUUAACAUACUAAAAUCUGGUGACCUGGAAGAAAACCAAUAUAAUUCCCAAUUUGUAAAUCCCAUUUUAAAAUGUACGCUCAAGGCUAUCUGUGAUAUGGAUUGGAGAAUUCUCGAAGUUCCAAUCAGAAGCAGUAAAUUUCGACGUAAUUCUAAUAUUAACCCAUUUGUUGACAGAGUUUUAAGCGCAAAACGUGCAGAUGGCCUGGCCCGUAUGUGGAAAAACCAGGAAGAAAUAUUUAUAUAUGAACAGACAGGACCGCAGGAUAUUGAUGAUGUUACCGAUUUUUACGUCCAUGAUUAUAAGUUGGUUCGAACCAUGCGUUAUGUGCUGAAUCAACGAAUAAUUCUUCGGCUCAAUAAUGGUAUAAAAGAUUACAAUAAUUUGGCAAGUUUUGGCGCUUUGGGUCAUCGCAAUGAAGUAUCUCUGCUUUGGUGCACGAUACACACCAAAUCAUAUUGUUUACGUGAAUACGAAAGUUUUUACAUACCUGCAAUAUGGGAAGAUCUUCCCGUUUUAUCAGAGGCAAUAAUAGCUUGCCUUAAAUUUUUUACCUUCAUAAAAUCAAACAUCGCAAAAAUCGAGUCACGUUCUGAUCCAAAAAUAAAAUUACUCUCCAAACGGAAAGUACAUAUCGUAACGCCAAAUCCGCAAACUCCCGAUCGAUCAAAAAAACAAAUUGAUAGAUCAAAAAAACAAAAGAAAUAA